UACGGCUACUGUGUUGUGUUUUGUACAGUCUGCACACAGUAGCACAAUUACUUAUGAUAGUUUCAACGUAAUUCACGUCGUUUUAAAAAGGGACAAGAAAACGUAAACCCUGUUAACAAACCGAAAAUGGAGGAUGACGCUCCUGUCAUUUAUGGUCUCGAAUUUCAGGCACGGGCACUUACUGCCCAGACAGCUGAAACUGAUGCCAUUCGUUUCCUCGUGGGCACACAGUCUCUGAAAUUUGACAACCAGAUCCACAUCAUUGACUUUGAUGAUGAGAAUAACAUCAUUAAUAAGAAUGUCCUUCUGCACCAAGCUGGGGAGAUAUGGCACAUUGGCGCCAGUCCUGCAGAUAAGGCUGUGCUUACCACCUGCUAUAACAAAACCAGUGACAGCAGGGUGGUUUCCUGUGCAGCAGUAUGGCGGAUGCCCUCUGACUGGGAGACAGGUAGCCAUGAGUCACCUGACGACACCGCUCACAACCCCCAAACGCUGGAGCUGCUCUGCCACCUAGACGACAGUGUCCACGGCAACACUGCCUGUGUGCUUUGGGAGCCCAUGGGGGACGGCAAGCGUGUGAUUUCAUUGGCUGAUAACCAUGCACUACUGUGGGACCUGCAGGAGAGCUCCACACAGGCCGUGGUCUCCAGCACUGCCACGCUGGAGGGCAAAGGUCAGCUGAAGUUCACCUCGGGCAAGUGGAGCCCCCACCACAACUGCAGUCAGCUCGCCACAGCGAAUGACACGGCCAUACGAGGCUGGGACCUUCGCACUAUGAGUCAGAUCUACUGUAUAGAGAACGCCCAUGGCCAGCUGGUGCGUGACCUGGACUUCAACCCCAACCGCCAGUACUACCUGGCCAGCUGCGGAGACGACUGCAAGGUCAAGUUCUGGGAUGUCCGCAACGUUCAGGAGCCUGUCAAGACCCUGGAGGAGCACUCGCACUGGGUGUGGAGCGUCCGCUACAACCACAGCCAUGACCAGCUGGUGUUGACAGCCAGCAGUGACAGUCGCCUCAUUCUCUCCAAUAUGGUGUCCAUCUCCUCGGAGCCAUUCGGACACUUAGUGGACGACGAGGAGCUCAGUGAGGGCGAGGACAACCACCAGGACGACAAGAGUAAGGAGCCCCUAAAGGACAGCGUGGUGUCCACCUACGAGGAGCACGAGGACAGUGUGUACGCGGCGGAGUGGUCGUCAGCUGACCCCUGGCUCUUUGCCUCACUCAGCUACGAUGGACGCCUCGUCAUCAACAGGGUCCCACGUGCGCUCAAAUAUCGCAUCCUGCUCUGAGAGGGGAAGGGAGGGGCAGGUGAUCUGAACGUGUUUGUGUGUGUUUGUACAGCAACAGCGCAAAAGAAGAGAGGACAACACAUCCAUUCACAUAGACAUUCCAUUAUAACUUGGUAGGAUGUGCUGUCUGCGGCUCUGCAAACAGGCAGCGAUGGCAAAGAGUGUGUGUGUGAUGUAAAUAUCCUGUAAUACAUAUGUUCCAUUGACCCCUGUAAACAAGAAUCUGUUCUGGAAAUCACAGAUAUUUCUUCAUCUUCGCGUUACUCCAUAAAGCCCUCUGUGUCAUAUAAUUAUCUGCA